AUGAUUUCUCAAUAUGAAAAUCAACUGCUACGUUCCUUUAUAUUGAAAGAAAGAGGUAGUAAUGCUUUAAAAGAAUUAGAAAACCGAAAGAAAGAGAUUCAAAACUUAAACAUUGAUUUAAAGAUAAACAAAGAGGAAUUAUCUAACAUAAGCUCUCAAUCUAAAUAUGAAGAAACGAUUCAAGAGCGUGAAAAAGAAAUCAAAAACAAGCUGGAGAUAAUUAGCAAUUUAGAAGAAAAAAUUAGAGAACAAGAAAAAAUUAUAGAAGAACUGAUUAAGGAGCAAGAAACUAAGCAAGAAAUUAUUAAUAUUCUUAAAGAAACGAUUAAAGAGCAAGAAGACGAACCAUUUUUUGAUCUUGUUGCUGGUGUUAUCACCUUAAGUUCGUCAGAAUGA